AUGACCCAUCUCAGUGAUUUUAGCUUUCUACAACGGGCGGUUUCCUUGAGCUAUCUGUUUGUGUGGUACAUUUACCGAGUAUGGUCUCUCGAUGGAUUCCAAUGUCUUCAUCCUUCCCGGUUCCGCCAUGGCGAGCUUAAAAGCAUUGUCAGCACGCUAAUAUUUAUCAUGAUACCGUUUCAGCUAUUCUAUGAUAUAACAACUUGCAAGAUUAAGUAUGAGGAAGGAUUUGCCAACAUGCUGGGUCAUAUUUACACCAAGCCCGAGCCAAUGUGGACAAAAGCUGACCAAGCUCUUGUCAUCCCAACAGAAUACAGCCUUUGCAUUGGAUUCUCUAUGCAAACGGGCACCUUAUUAUUGCUACAAUGCUUUUGGAAUUACCUCGCCAAUUCGGUUGCCAAGGCUAGUUUCAUGAGCAGUAAGGAGUUCAUGCUUUACAUUGUCUGGACAGUGUUGAGCAUCAUCAUCUUCCCCGUACUCCAAUACAACUUUUCACGUGACAUUUAUGAUCCUACCUACAAGGAAAUCAUGCCUGAGCUUGUUUAUGGCUGUGAAUUGCUCAUCGUGGCGAUCCUAGGUGUGGUGUCUCAUGUUCGUUUCCACAAGCUAUUGACAAAUUCAAGAGAGUCCAACAAUGCACGAUCAAUUACGCACAAGAUCCGUUAUUUCCAGGAGCUGAAUCUGAUUUUGACCACUGUACUCUUUACGGAUUCAAUUUCCUUUAUUAUCCUUAGCGUUGAUGGGUUGACUUCUCACAAAACGCUCAACAUGCACAAGUUUUCAGCAGACUUUUUGAUUUGUAUCAUCAACGUGUCCUCCGUAGUCGCAUGGUUCGUGGUGAUCCUUAUUUUCCAUCCCAAACCCCAAUGCUCGACCAACAACACAACCAACAUUGCACCACCAUCACACGACUUUUUGUCAACCGAGAAACCACCAUUCGAGUAUAAUGGUUCGGGUAUUAUGGUUAUCCAGCAAUCUCAAGCAUCGGAAGAAUUCAUGCAUUACACCAAAUCCGGAUCGGUAGUUGUCCCGAUGACCAGCCAACCAAGUUAUGCAAGCAACACAAACUUCCAACUUAAUCCACGAUCGUCCACGGUGACCUUGGUUACCAAUCAAAAGCCUGUACCAUCCAAUGAUGACCUUUACAAGCCAUCUGGUGCAGAGGCUUAUUCAUCACCACAACCACAACCACCAACGACGGCUGCAUCACCACCACUUCCACCCGUUGCAGCCAUACCUCCUAUUGCGACCGUGCAGCCAUCUGACAAUAGUAACGACCCAAAUGCAGAUUGCGAGUCAGCUAUCGAUUAUCCCUUACAGCAUGAUAUGGGAUUAUCCUUACCCCCUCAUCAAAAUCAACAGCAACAACCCCAUGAUGACUGGUUGCAUCAAUGCCCACGUAGUGGUAGCAUUGUGAGAUCUCCAUAG